UCCCACUGACUUUCAAUGGGAUUUGAGGCACUUAACUCCCUUCUGGCGCUUGUGUAAACCCACAAGAUAACUUGAUUAUUUUGGUGUCUUAAAUGAACCAAGAAUUCACCACGCUGAGCCUGGUUCUGUGUAUAAACAAGUCCCCUCAGUGUCCCCUGCCCGGGGUAUUCACAGCUCCCUGGCCUUUCUAGGCCUGGACACCUCUGUACUCCUUUAACCAUCCCUCACUACUGCCCCUGGCAGCAGCUGGCUCCCCUGCCAUUACACAUGGCUUGUGCCUGACUCCCAGUUUGACUGAUUCCCAGUCUGAGUUUGGUUCAACCCAUGGGCACAUAGUCACAGUCUCCAGCUGUCUCCCACCCUCCCCGUGACUGGCUGUGGCAGCAGGAAAGCGCUCCACGGCUCAGCAGAUGGAUUUCUAAUUAAUAUCCUCAUUAGUGUCGCUCAUUUCCAUAUGUCUUCCAUGCUUUAAGAAAUGUUGUGGGUGAUAUGUGUGACUAAUAGCGAUGGCAGGAGCCAGGCAGAGAGGUGCCCGGGCUGCGUGAGCUGUGAUGAGGAACUCCAGGGCUCUGAUACCACAUUGAUGGGGGCCUGAAUUGAGAGUGAGAUUCCUCUAUUCCGAGAUACCCCACCACAACCUGGCUGAGGCACCUCAGUCCUGACCUGCAGCCCCCAUCCCUCAGCUCCCCUAUCCCCCUCACUUCCCCACAGCUCUGCUGAUACAUAUUCCCGACCUGCAGACCCCAUGUAUUCCUGUCCUAGGACAUGCCCCCACCACCUUGCUGGUGCACCAAUCUGCAGAAUCCCUGCACCUCUCCCUGCACAGCUCUGCUGACACAUUUCAUUCCCCAGGGGCUCACCCUAGUUUAUUUUAGGGUUCCCACACACUCCUCCUACAGCUGUCCCAACCCUUGGGCUCUCCUGAAUGGAAACAGCCAUUUGCCAAAGGGUGUGUGUGUCUGUGCAUGCAUCCAUAUAGGGCAGGGAGUUUGUGAGGAAUCAACCUCAGAAUCUGUUUGAAUGUUGCACUUCUCUCAUUCAUUACACCCAGUAACUCUGGGGGGCUUUGGGUGAUGGUCAGGUUCCCUGAUCUUAGCUGCCUAUCCAGGGUCAAAUUACUCCUCACAGCCAAGCUGGUAGCUGUCCUCUGUUGGCAGCCAGCGGGCAAUGUGGGUAUCCCAGGGGCGCAUCCCUAUAGGGAACGGCCUUUAGAAAAUUUCAGUUGAUGCCAGAGCGGUGGGUGCAGCACUCCAUGUUCUCCAGCCUCCGGAGAACUGGGCCCCUGUUCCUUGGUACAAACCCCGCUGUCUAGCUGCUGCGUUCUGUCAGUAACGCAGCCCACGGCCACUGCAGCAGGGCCAGCCAUGCCAUUCAGAGCCGGAGGGGGAAUUGUUUGAGGGUGGGCCAGCAGGGGCCCUGGGCUGCCCUUACCUUUAGGGACCUGGACUAGACAGCGCUUGGGUUCCUGCCCCUUUAAGAGAGGCUGAUGUGUUGGCUAGGGCAGUAAGCCCUGCCUGGAAAGCCCAGCCUCCUGGUUCUGGCAUUCCGCAGAAGCUGGGACCCUGCUGGGAAGGACCCAAGGGAUGGAUGGAAGCAGCCGGGUUCCUAGCCGGCUGCCUGGGGGAGAAAGCAGCCCAGCCUGCCCCACCUGCUAGGCAAUGGGGAAGGCAGGCCGCCGGGGACUGAUUGCUUGCAGCGGGUAACGUGCACAUCCCCGGGAAGCUGCAAAUGUGAUGGGAGGCUGGUGCCUGCAGUAACCUGGCAGCCCCUUCAUUGCGCCGGUCUCUCUGCGGGCGCACGCUCAGCCCGGGCCCCGGCGUCUAGCGCUCCCUCCCCGAGCCGCGGCCACCGCCGGCAGGAGACCUCGCCUCUUUGUCUGCAAAGGCGACGGUGAGGGCGUUUGCACGGAGACGCGCCGCCACAUGCCGGCGGCGCGGGGCGCUAGAUCCGUCGCCUCUGCAAGGACCGGGAGCAGGGCCGAGCCCGUAACGCGCUAAGAGCGCCGCCAUGGCUGAGAAGGGGAUCGACCCGACCUGCGUCUCCAUCGCCUUGGAGGACUCUGUGUGCAAUGCUGGCUCCCAGGAUGCACCUCUCCUGAAGAAGGUGGAGAAUCACAUCACAGAGGCGCAGCGGUUCUCGCACCUGCCCAAGCGUUCCGCCGUGGACAUCGAGUUCGUUGACCUGUCCUACUCCGUCCGUGAGGGCUCCUGGUGGAAAAAGAGAGGGUACAAGACCCUCCUGAAAUGCCUGUCCGGGAAAUUCUGCCGGCGUGAGCUCAUCGGGAUAAUGGGCCCCUCAGGCGCUGGGAAAUCCACGCUCAUGAACAUCCUGGCUGGUUACAGGGAGACGGGGAUGAAGGGCCAGAUCCUGGUGAACGGCCGGCCGCGGGACCUGCGCACCUUCCGCAAGAUGUCUUGCUACAUUAUGCAGGACGACAUGCUGCUGCCGCACCUGACCGUGCUGGAGGCCAUGAUGGUCUCUGCUAACCUGAAGCUGAAUGAGAAGCAGGAGGUGAAGAAGGAGCUGGUGCAGGAGAUCCUGACGGCGCUGGGGCUGCUGGAGUGCUCCUACACCCGCACCAUGUCGCUGUCCGGGGGGCAGCGCAAGCGCCUCGCCAUCGCCCUGGAGCUGGUCAACAACCCCCCCGUCAUGUUCUUCGAUGAGCCAACCAGUGGCCUGGACAGCGCCUCCUGCUUCCAAGUCGUCUCUCUGAUGAGGUCCUUGGCCCAGGGAGGCCGCACUAUCAUCUGCACCAUUCACCAGCCCAGCGCCAAGCUCUUUGAAAUGUUCGACAAGCUGUACAUCCUGAGCCAGGGCCAGUGCAUCUUCAAAGGAGUGGUGCCCAACCUCAUCCCCUACCUGAAAGGGCUGGGCCUGCAUUGCCCCACCUAUCACAACCCGGCUGACUUCAUUAUCGAAGUGGCCUCAGGCGAGUAUGGAGACCUCAACCCGUUGCUGUUCCGGGCCGUCCAGAACGGGCUGUGCACCAUGGCCGAGAAGAAGAGCAGCCCGGAGAAGACGGACUCCUCCUGCCCAGUCCCCUGCGUGACGGACGUGGAUCAUAUUGAGAGCCACACGUUUGCCACCAGCACCAUGACCCAGUUCUGCAUCCUCUUCAAGAGGACGUUUCUUUCCAUCAUGAGAGACACGGUCCUGACCCACCUGCGAUUCAUGUCCCACAUCUGCAUUGGGGUGCUCAUCGGGCUGCUCUACCUGCACAUCGGCAACGACGCCGGCAAGGUCUUCAACAACACCGGCUUCCUCUUCUUCUCCAUGCUCUUCCUCAUGUUCGCCGCCCUGAUGCCCACGGUCCUCACAUUCCCUCUGGAGAUGUCUGUGUUCCUGAGAGAGCACCUGAACUACUGGUACAGCCUAAAGGCCUAUUACCUGGCCAAGACCAUGGCCGACGUGCCCUUCCAGGUGAUCUGCCCCAUAGCCUACUGCAGCAUCGUGUACUGGAUGACAGGCCAACCCCCGGAGGCCACACGCUUCCUCCUCUUCUCCGCCCUCGCCACCUCCACCGCCCUGGUGGCACAGUCCCUGGGGCUUCUGAUCGGAGCAGCCUCCACUUCCUUGCAGGUGGCCACGUUCGUGGGACCGGUCACUGCUAUCCCCGUCCUGCUCUUCUCAGGCUUCUUCGUCAGCUUCAAGACCAUCCCCACAUACCUACAGUGGACCUCGUAUGUCUCCUACGUCAGGUAUGGCUUCGAGGGCGUCAUCCUCACCAUCUACGCCAUGGAGCGUGAGGACCUGGAGUGCCGGGAGACUCCCUGCCCCUUCCAGAAUCCCAGCAGGAUCCUCCAGGAGCUGGACGUGGAAGAGGCCAAACUCUACCUGGACUUCAUCAUCCUGGGCAUCUUCUUCCUCGUUUUGCGGCUCCUGGCCUACCUGGUCCUCAGGUACAAGGUGAAGUCUGAGAGAUAAGGGGGCCAUUGGGGCCCGAUGCCUUUCCCAGACCUGAUCUGCCACAGCAUGGACAUUCCCAAAGGGACUCUCGGUCUCUGUGGAUGUGGGACCACAGGGGAGGCAUCGGGGAGGUGGCGGCCAGUCCUGGCUCAGUCGAGAAGGUUUUUUGGGACAUCUCGGAACUGUUUUAACCUUUCCACACUCUUCAUCGCAAAUGUUUUGUACCGCCCUGGAAUGCCUCAUUCUCUCCCCUGGAGCCACGUCAUCAGAUGGAUCUUGGAUUCCUUCCUCCACCCUGUGCCCCAAACCACCACCUCAGGACACCGAUGGAGGCAAUUGUCUUCCAAGCCAGAGAAAGAGAGAGCAGCCUGCCAAGGCUUUGCCGUUUGGGGGAGGGGGUUGAACCCUGUUUACCUCCCGCAAAGCACAGUUUUGUAGCGCAGUGUGUAGUGCAGUUUUUUAACUUGCCUGCGAGUCGAUGUCCAGUAGCAUGUGCAUCCAUAUUCAGAAGAAAUCAGAAGACAACAAUAAGCUAUGUGACAGAAGGCUUUCGUGUUUACCUUAGCCAUAGCAACAGCCAAUGCCAUAGCCCCUGUCUUUUUUGUAAACUUCCCUUUUUCUUAAGGAAAAAACAAAACAAAACGACAACUCAGCUGCACUUAGUGCAGGAACAAGUACUGCAGCUCUGGAAGGAUGCAGGUAGAUCAGGCCUCUGGAUUUAGGAUUUGGCAGGAUGUAAUAUUAGUAGAAACAUUUCACUGACAUUUUUUUUUAAUGUUUUUUCGGGAGGUGGGAGAGUUCCCAGCCCUGCUGGGAUUGCCGCCAGGGCUCUGCCUUGUUGGACUACUGCAUGAGACCCAGGGAAUGAUGACGCAGACCGGGGUAGCCAUGAGUUGAAAGGAACCAGUUUCAUAGAAUCAUAGAAUCUCAGGGUUGGAAGGGACCUCAGGAGGUCAUCUAGUCCAACCCCCUGCUCACAGCAGGACCAACCCCCAGACAGAUUUUUACCCCAGUUCCCUAAAUGGCCCCCUUUCCUUGGGAGCUGAGUAAAUGGUGGAAAGGUAAGGGGCGGCUUCUCCAUUCUCUUACGCUGGUGCGAAUGGGAAGCAGCUGCUUGAAGCCAGUGGAGUUAGGUUGGGUUGAGAGAAGAAUCUGGCCCAGGGAUUGACCUCAGUGGAGUUGCUGAUCCAAUGUGAAAUCAGAAUCAGUCCCUAGGGGCCCAAUGCUGCAGAUCACGUGGGUCUGAUUCUCCCGGUUCACCUGCACCUUGCACCGUCACUUACACCUGCACACAAAUCCUGCCGAAUCAGAGCAGAGGUGUGUUUUACCCUUGCUUUGCCCAAGUGUGAAAUGACGACACAACGUGCCGGGCAUUAACGAACCAGCCCCUUUGAGGUUAGCAGGAUGUGGCCCUGAGUGGCCUGAAAGGUGAAAAGUAAAGGACCGCUCCUUUGUGUUUGAUCACCCCCAGUCUUGUUACAAUGCAGGGAAGGCCAUUUUCAUUUGUGGCUGAGAAUGGGACAAUGCCGCUUUAACAGUUUGGCCUUGCAGCUGAAGCCCUGAAUAGCUGUAGACAAACACAUUUCAAAAUCUCCCUGAGCUCCCUAAUCAGUAGCAGAAAACAGGCACAGAAUUAAACAUCCCCAGUGUGUUUGUGUUCAGCCCGAAACAGUGUUUACCGUGUGUAGCACGUUGUGUACAGAGCAUUUUGCAGGGAGACAUUUAGCUGGUGUAAACCGGCAUAGCUCCAGUGACUGCAGUGGAGCGAUGCUGAGUCACGUCAGCUGAGGGUCUCCCCUUGUUUGAGCUAAUUUAUUUUGGUGUACACCUGAAGUGGCAGCUCUAUGAAGCUCUAGGUAUUUAAAACAUGAUCCGUAGCUAUAACGGGCAAGUAACUUGUAGCAGAGGGAAUUUCAGGGGGAGGGGAGAAGAGAAGAUGAUUUCAGCUGAGAUUUGGGAAGAACUGGGAGGCACAGAGCGGAGCUAUUUGAAAGCGAUUCCUCCCAUCUUUGACAUGCCAAGGCUUGAGCUCAAUAUGCCACGUUUCUUCUGCAGUAGCUGACAAGCCAGUGUCCAAAGCAGAGCGUUUUCCUGUGCUGCGCAAUGCCUGCAAUCAAAGCACCUUGCUCUGCUGGGAGCAGGUCAGGUCUUGCAUGCUAAUCAGAGUCAGGCCUGGUCAGUAUUUGGGUGGGAGUGGUGUUGGAGGGUCCGUAGGAGCUGUUCGUCCCAUACUGAGCCCACGGUGCCAUGAGGUGGUGCUUGUAGUCAAAGAGGUGUCCUUCAGAUGAGCUUUGAAGUUCAGGCCCUACAAACUGCAGUCUUGAGGCUUGUUUGUCAAUCAGGGCGUUAGCCUUGGAGUCCUGGCCAAAUUCCAGCUCAGGUUUCCCUUCCCUUAAGUCCUUAGCAGUUGCAAUCAGAGACAGGAUCCUCCUUUGUUUCUUGCCCUGAGCUGCUGUGCAGUGUUGCUGUGCUGUGUCAAAGAGCUGCCGUGUUCCACCCCAGAGAGGGCUGCAGGUGUGUAGUUUGUAGAGUGCUUUAGGACCAUCCCAGGGGAACGGUGCUCUAGAAAUGGAGGCUCCAGAGCCCUGAACUCAGGUGUUUGUAGGGCAGGGAAGGAGGAGCUCAGUUAAGCUCCACAUCUGCUCUGUUAAUGGUUUGGGGAUUAAACAAGCCACUGCCACUCCUGCGUUUCAGUUCUCAUGGAGGAGAUGGGGAGGGAGGGGAUUAGUGCUGUGGGGCUGAGCAUACUGCCUAGAGCCCUGAUCCUGUUAAGGGGCAGUAUGUAGAGGGCAGGGGACCCAGGUGUUGGAGGGUGAGAGCCAGUGAGAUUACCCAGUCAAUGUGAUUCCAGCAGCCUGGGGGCUAAUAAGGACCCCUCCAUCUCCACUUGCUCCUCUCCUCCUCUUUCGGCUUGGCCGAUAGUUAGAAACUGUGACACUUUUCCCUUCUCUUCCCUCAUCUCUCUUUCCUCCCUUGCUGUCCCUUAAGGCUGGGAUCUAAGCUAUCCCAUCAAACUGUGUCGGCGCUGGGGGCUGCACUGGUUAACUGUAUUCGUACCAAAGCUGUGCGUGGCCCAGCCAUGAACAUACGCUGCAUUCCUAACAUAACCCCCGGGUCUGUCUAUCCCCCUCUUGGUGUAGGGAGACCCCUGUGACGGGGUCUGAACCCAGUGUAGGGUCCUGCUCUGUUUUCCAGUAGCUUCUCCUCCCGCUCAGCCCUGCAGGAAGCAAGUAUGGAGGGGCAGAGGUGCUGGGAGCCCUGCCAGGCCAAUGCCUGAUGUAGCAACAUGCUGCCUGCACUGUCCCAAGGACAGAACCCGUGCCACCUACCCUCAAGACGUCCUCCAGUGGUCUAAACCCCUCUCCAGCAUCAUCUUUGCUCAGUAGCGUCCCGAGCUGCUGCUCCUCCCUGAAGAACCAGGGCCGUUUGCUUGGUGUUUAUUGGGUCUCCCUUGCUGGAUGGACUGGACUUGAGUUUCUCAUUGCGCUGCCUCUGGCGGGGGCAGGUGGACACCGGGGGCCAUGCAGGAAUAAGGAGCUGCUCACCAUGGAUCUCCAACCCUCUGGGGGAUUUUGAGUCCCAGUUCUCCCAGGCUGGAGCCUCUACCCUCCCUCCCCCCACACAGGAACAAAUCGGGUCCCCGGACUGAACUGGACCUGGAUCUUAGCGGGAUCAAAGCAAUAGAAAACUGGAUGUGGGAUCCACUGGUUGGUACGGUUCUUCCCUCCCCACCUGUCUCCAGAAGCUGUGUCCCUCCUACAUCUUGUCUGGGAGCAGGGCCGGGCCAUGCCGCAGGAGCACAGCUUGGGGACAGGACCUGCUUGGAGUGUCUGGUGGUUCUGAAGGUCGGUUAUGGCUUGUGAGCCUCGGUGUGGGACCCUGGCUGCCGAGGUUCGGAUUGUGUCUGCCUGGGCUCGCUAACCUCUGACCCACUGGCUGGAGGGGGGGACAAGCAUUGCUUACUGACUCCUGAAUUCAGAGCACAAGGGGUCCCCGGAUGGAGCCAGCCAGACUUGCUGAGUGAGCUUUGGGGCAAGGCAAGACUCCUAAGCCCCAAUUCCCUGGUAACUAGAUAAUCCGUGACCCCAGGGGGAAUACGGAAGGGGAGACAACAGCAAACCAGCCCCACUGACGGGGUCAUGGGCUGACCCUCAGGGGACUGAUGAAAGCAGGGGUGUGCUGGCCGGGGCAGGGCUGUCGCCUAGGCUGCCCCUGUUCUGUAGCUACCUCCAGAGCUCUGGAGGUGUCCAGCCAGCACUUUUCCUAGAUUCGUACAGGCCGUCAGCCUCCCGUCCCAGCCGCCCUCCUGGGCACUGUGCCUCACUCAGCCUGCUCUAGCUGGCUUCAUUUGCCAGGGGGUCAGAUGCCGUCCCAAGUCUUACAGACGUGGAGCGGGACAGACCCCCUGGCUUGCGGGGUGGGGGGGAAGAAUGGCUGGCUGGGGUGCCCCCUUUCCCGUGCCCAUGAUGGCCGUUGUCCCGAG